AUGGCCAAGCGGCUGGUGGUGGCCUACGGGCUGUGGGCGCUGGGGCUGCACCACAUCUACCUGGGCCGGGACAGCCACGCGCUGCUCUGGAUGCUGACGCUGGGCGGCUUUGGCGGCGGCUGGCUCUGGGAUUUUUGGCACCUCCCUGGCUGGGUGGCUGCUGCCAACGGGGUCAGGGUGCCUGGGGACCGCGGUGGGACCGUGCCGGCCCUCAGCCCCCUGCGCUUGGCGGGGCAGGUGACAGUGGGGACGUAUUUUGGGCUGGUGGCAGCCCUGGGGCUGCCCUGGGUGCCUGCGCUGCUGGCACAACCCUUGGCUGUGGGGCUGGGGGUUCAUCUGGUCUCCUCGGUGGGGGACCAGACGGCGGAGGCACCUGGCAUCCUGGCUGCAGCCUUCCUCGCCUCGCUCCUCUUCCAGGGCCGGGUGCUGGCGGUGCUGCCCGCCAGCCUGGCCGCCAGCAUCGUCGCCCAGCGGCACCGACGCUACAAGCCACGGGGGAUGCCCCAGCCCCGGCUCUCCGCCCGGCUCUACCACCUCGGGCUGGCGUGCCUGGCUUUUGCCGCCCCGCUCAGCUGCUGCGGGCUCUGCGGAGCUGCCAGGGUGCUGGGCACCCUCCUGGCCCCGCUCCGGGCUGCCACCGAGCUCCUGCUCCUGCCCCUCCGCGCCGGCCAGCUGCUGGCAGGGCUCCUGGGCUUCACCGGUGGCUCCUCGGCUCAGGAGCGCGGCACCGGCUUCCAACUGAGUGGCUGGACCGAGCGGCAGCAGCAGGCGUACGAGGUCCUGGGAAUCCCAGCUGGCUCCUCUGCUGAGGAUGUGCACCGGAGCUACCGGGAGCUGGUGAAGGUUUGGCACCCGGACCACAACCGGCACCGGGCUGAGGAGGCCGAGAGGCGCUUCAUUGAGCUGCAGGAAGCCUACGAGGAGCUGGCGGGGGCCCGGCGAGCAGCGGGGGGGUGA